AUGCAUAUAUUCAAUCGUGAUGCGCAUGUGUUUCCGUUUCUCUCGGGUGCUGUCUCUUCCGAGGUUCCCGAAGCGCCACUCAGGCAGUGAAAAGGCCGCUCGUCUCCCCGCACCUCCCGUUGCAGUAUACAGAUCAGCGCGCUGACAGCCAUGUUGCUCCACAGGUUUCCGCAAGGUCAUCGAUGAAGGUGGCGGUCGAAUCGUUGUCACACCCAUCAACCUUCCCGGCGAGCCUCCCGCCACCGCGCAAAUCAUCAGCGCCUCGUCGCACGUGCCCUCGUCCCGUUUCCCUCUUCCGACGCCGCCAUUCAACGUCGGCCCCUCGUCCUUAAACCUCUCCAACGCCGCAGCCGGCCCUUCUCUCUCGAGCGCAACCCGACCCAUCACCGCUCUGAACGUACCCGCGGGCUCCGCCUCCUCCUCCCUGAGGAGGAGCUCCAAUGCCCAACUACCGAUCUCGGCGGGGUUGCAGCUUCCGCCACCGCCGCACCCGCAUCCGCACGGGCACGCGUACCAGGGAAGCGCCGCGCCGCAGUACCCGCCCGCGCCCUCCGCCUACACCUCCUAUGCCGCUCGGGAACGGGAACGCGAGCGAGACGAAUCGUUCGGGAGCAGGAGGAUGAGGGAAGAGAGCAUCGAUAGCGCGUACCCGCACAAGCGCCCGCGCGGAGAUGACCGCGACCCGCAUCGCGAGCGUGAACGCGAGCGGGAGAGGGGCAGGGAGCGAGAGAGAGCCAGGAGGGAUUCCUACCUCGACCAGCGCCCGUCGUAUGCGCAGGGGCAGCCGCUGCCUCAGGCUUCGACGUCGAUGUCUGGCCCUGGACACCACCCGCUUCCGCCCGUUCAGCACUCGCAGCCGGCGUACGACCCUCGUUACCACCAACGCCCCACCGCAAGCCCCGACGAACCCAGGAGACGAUACCCAGACGAUAGCAAACACCCCCAAACCCACGCAUACCAGCAGC